AUGUUGAAGGAAAUAGAACAUGAAAAAUUAUAAUACAUACAAUAAUAGAAAGAAAAUGAAAAAUUCAUUAAUGAAUUUAAAGGCAAAGAAAUUCAAAUGCUGAAUGAAAUUGAAUAAGGACAAUAGCAAAAUUUAGAUUUAUAAAAAGAAAAUGAAAGAAUAACAAAUGAGUUUAAAGAUAGAGAAACUAAAAUGCUGAAGGAAAUUGAAUAAGUAAAAUUACAAUAUGCUGAAUUAUAAAAAGAAAAUGAAAGAUUAAUAAGUGAAUUCAAAGAUAAAGAAACUAAAUUGCUGUAGGACAUAGAAAAUUAAAAAUAAUAGAAUUAAUAACUUAUAUUAGGUAAAGAUAUGUAAGGAAAUGAAUUGUUGUAAAUAUAACAAAAGCUAAACCUUGAAAUUGAUAAUUUGAAAUAGUAAAUUUAAAAUUUAAAUGAUUAACUUAAACUACAAUAAUAAUAAUUUGAUGAGAAAGAGAAAUAAAAAAAUAAAGAAAUAGAAGAACUCAAAUUAUUACAUGUUCAAUUGGAAAAAUAAAAUGAGACUUUAACAAAUGAAUUUAAAGAUAAUGAAACUAAAAUGUUGUAGGAAAUUGAGCAUUAAAAGUUACAAUAAUUAUAAUUCUAAAGAGAAAAUGAAUAAUUAAUGAGUGAAUUGAAAGAUAGAGAAAAUAAAAUGUUGAAGGAAAUUGAAAAUGAAAAAUUACAAAAUUUAGAAAUAUAAAAGGAAAAUGAAAGAUUAAGAAAUGAAUUCAAAGAUAAAGAAAUUAAAUUGUUGUAGGACAUUGAAAAUUAAAAAUAAUAGAAUUAAUAACUUAUAUUAGGUAAAGAUAUGUAAGGAAAUGAAUUGUUGUAAAUAUAACAAAAGCUAAAUCUUGAAAUUGAUAAUUUAAAAUAGUAAAUUUAAAAUUUAAAUGAUUAACUUAAACUACAAUAAUAACAAUUUGAUGAGAAAGAGAAAUAAAAAAACAAAGAAAUAGAAGAACUCAAAUUAUUACAUGUUCAAUUAGAAUUAUAAAAUGAGACUUUAACAAAUGAAUUUAAAGAUAAAGAAACUAAAAUGAUUUUAGAUAUUGACCAUUUAACUUUAUAACUUCAAUUAAAAGAUACAAAAGGGAAUGAAUUAUUUUAAACAUAAUAAAAACUGAAUCUUGAAUUAGAAAAUAUACAAUUAUCUCUUUAACAACAAUAAUAGUAGCAUGAUGUUAAAAUAAAUGAUUUAGUAUAAUAAUAGGAUUAAUUAAAUAAAGAAAUAACAAGUUAUAAAUAAUUAACCUCUUAAAAAGAAGAUUAAAUUAAUUAAUUGACAAAUAAUAAUGAUGAAUUAAGCGUCUAAAUAAAGGGGAAGGAAAAUGAAAUCAAUCAAUUGUAAUAAAAUUUAUCAGUAAUAACAAAUGAUUAUUAAAAAUCCCUUAAGGAAAAUGAAAAUUUAACCAAAGAAAAGUUAGAAUACGAAGCUUAAUUGUUGGAAAAUAAAAAUCUAAUUCAAUCCAUGCAACACGAAAAAGAAUAAUUAUAAAAUGAACAUCAAUUAAAUAAAGACAAUUAAUUAAAUGAUCUUCAAACAUAAAUUUCUCAAUUAUAAUAAACAGUUACUAGUCAAUAAAGCCAAAUAGCGACUGAUAAAGAUUAAAAUUUGAUCUAAUAAAAUAAAUUAUAGGAAUAAAAUGUAUAAAUUUAACAAUUAACAGUUCAAAUCCAAAAUAUGGAAGAAUAAAGAAAUGAAUUCAAACUAAACAAUUAGAUAUUUUAAAAUCUGAAAAUUAAAUAUGUCAAUAAUAAAUUGCAUAAUAACUAAUAUCCAUUUAAGAAGCAGAUUAAAAAUUAUAAAAGUAUUAGGCCGAUUCAAUCGAGUAAAAUAAGCGAAAUUUAAGCUUUAUAAUCAGCUCAUUAAGACUUAAAUAUUGCAAAUAAUAAACUCAUUGAAGAAAACAAUAGCUUUUAAAUUAACCAUGAUUAAAUCGCAAUUGAGAUAAACAAUUUAUAGGAGUAAUGUCGUAUAGAAAAAGAGACUAACUAAAAAAUUUCUGAAUAAAAUCAGCAACUAUCAUCUUAAAUAGAAUAACUCAAUGAAGAAAUAAAUAAAUUAGUCAAAGAACGCUAAUAGUUGGAGGUAACUUAAAAAUAGGAUCAUAAUAAUUAAUAAGAUGAACUGAAUUAAUUAAAUCAAAUUCAAGAAGAAAAAGUUAAUUUAUAAAAUUAUAAUGAAAAAUUAGAGAAUACAAAUAAACACUUAGAAGAAUAAAUAUUUUAAUUAUAAUAAUAAAGUUAAGCCUAAAAUACUUUAUUAGAGGAAAAAGAAUAAUUAAUAAAUAGCCUUAAAAUGGCCAAUGAAUAAAUAGAGUCUUAACUCUUAUAAGAUCAAAACAAAUAAUAAGAAAAAGAUGAAUGCAUCAAUUCAAUAAACCUUGAGAAUAAAAAACUAAUAAAUGAGAAAGAGUUGGAACAAAAUUCCUUUGAAGAACAUAAUAAAUAGGACAAAUUAGAAUUUGAAAAUUAAUUAAAUUAAGAUGUUACCCUAAUUGCUUAACUUUAAGAAGAAGUAAAUUAAUAGAAUCAUAAAAUUUAAUAAUAUGAAAAUAACGAAAAAAAUUAUUAAUAACAGAUAGAAGAACUUAAAGAACAUAUCUAAAAUCUUGAGGAUUUUUCUUAAGUUUCGGAGAAUCACAUAUCUGAGUAAUAAGAAAAAGAAUAAUAGUUGAUUAAAGAAUUAGAAGCCUUAAAAUUAGAAUACGAACAUUUAUCCUAAUAAAAUUCUUCAUUUAAAGAUUAAGUUGAACAAUUUUAGUUGCAAAAUGAAUAAUCUACUCAUAAAUAAACCUUAUUAGAAAAUGAAAUUAAGGAAUUGCAAUAAUAAUAAACAGAUCUCCAAAAUAACAUUCAUCAAUAUGAGGAAAAAAUUAAUUUGCUUUAAAUAGAGAGGGAAUAGGAUUAAACAAAAUUAAUGGAAGCUGAGGAAAUAUCUAAACAAAAAACUGAAUUAGAAAAAUAAAUUAAACACUAGAAUGAUGCCAUAUAAAACCUAUGCUAGUAAGUUGGUUUGUUGGAAGAUGAACAUCCUAAUGAAUACAUAGCGACUUAAAAAGCAAAAAUGAUAUAGUAAUAAAAGGAUAUAGAAAAUUUAAAAAAUGAUAUUAAAAAUUUAUAACAAGAAAUAAAAAAGUAUUAAGAAAAAGAAGCAUUAAUAAAAAUUUAGAAAGAAAAACUGGAAAGAAAAUAUUUAGAGCAAAUAUCUGAGUUAUCAAAUCAUUAAGAUGAAAUGUUUGAAUAAAUAAAGGAAUGGAGAUCUAAAGCUUUAAUGAGCGAUGAAUACCUUAAAAAAAUCAAAGACCUCGAAAUGACUCUUAAGUUUAAAUAAGAUUAAUUAGUGAGCUAUUCCUAAAAAAUACAGGAAUAAUCCGUUUAAAUAGAUUAGCUUGAACUUAAAGUUUAAGAACUAAAAUAAACAAGUGAGUUUAUGUUCACAAUAUGA